UAGUGGUUUCCAAUGUGACCCGUUUAACGACAAACACCGCACAAAAACAAACAGAGAAUAAAUAAAAAUGAACGUCGAAAAAGUACGGGGUCAGAUAAUCCAGUUGCUGGACGACGCACAACGUACAAGUGCAACACACCAAAAAGGAGUUCAAUCCAUGAAAAAACUUCUACAACAAAGUGGUGAAGAUAUAUUCUUUAAAGCUUUCGAGAUGCCGUUACAGGAGAUUUUAAGUACAGACAUGCAAAGUAAUCCGAAUGUUGAAAGAUUGACUGAAUUUGUUGCAAUAUUCUGUUCUGCACUGGAGUCUAAACAAAUUAACCUGAAUGAUACAGUUGAGUCUGAGGAACAUCCAUUUUUGACCAAACUGUUUGAUUAUUUACUUAUUGCCCAACAAAAUGUGUUGGAUGAAGUUAGAUAUAGGGCUUGUCAAUUAAUUAACAAAUUGCUGAAUCAUUUAGUAGGAGUAGAAGUAAGCGUUCAAUUAUGUGAUAAAAUUGAGGAACACUUAUUGGAAAGAGUGAAAGAUACCAAAAGUGUUAUUAGAGCACAGGCAGUAAUAGCAUUACACCGUUUACAAGAUACUUCUAAUCCUGAGGACAAAAUAAUAGCAGAAUUCGUUAAAUUAUUUAGUAGCGACCCAUUCGCAAAAGUAAGAGAACUUUGUGUUGAAAAAGUUGCACUCAGGAAAGAUACAAUUGUUCACUUAUUGAGUAGAACUCGCGACGUGAGCUCGAAUGUUAGAUUAGCUACUUUUAAACGUUUGACAAAAGUAGUAAAUUCAUUAAAAAUUGUAGAAAGAAGAUUAAUAUUAAAUUGUGGGUUCGUUGAUACCUCUGCUCAAGUUAAGAAAUAUAUUGAAGAUACUUUAUUGCCAGAAUGGAUAGAUCAUUAUGAUAGUAUAUUAAGUUUCAUGAAAUCAAUUAGAUUAGAUGCAGAUGAAAAUGACAUUGAAAAGACUACCAUUCUUGUAGAAAUGAUAUUGCCAAUUUAUUUUAAAAUGAAACCAUUGUCUGAGCUGACUGAAGUACUACCUCUGAAUGAAAAUAAAUUAAUUCCAAUAGAUCUAUUGGGUUGGGAAACUGUCAGUUACUGGCGAUUUUAUGUUGAAUUUUUGAAUCAAUCUGAACAGUAUGAAAAUGAACUAAAUCGUGUUAUACCUGAAUUGGUUCAUUUUUGUAGAUAUAUUGAACUGUUUAUAGAAAGCUGUCCCACUAAUGUAACAAGGCAUCAAUUCCUUAAACAGCAAUUUAUUCUAAAGCAGCUGUUUAUUAUAACUAAAACUUAUGAUGUGGCUGACCCCUCUGGAAGACAAUCUCUAAACAGAUUAAUAAUUAAAACACUGGAAAAAUAUGUUUUAAUGAAGGAUGUUGUACAAGAAAUCAUAAAUAGUUUGGAAUUAAUAAUACCGAAUGGAGCAAAGAGGUCCCUUGUAGUUAGUGAAAUCAUAUCUGAAAUUAUGUAUCCAAUGAAUGAGGAGGAGUCUCAACGUCUUGAGAAUGAGCGGCAUUUUGAGAUAUCAAAAAUAAAGGUACGAUUGAACAGCUUGUCAGGUGAACAAGAACAAGCCAUAAUAAACGAAAACUUCACCGAAGCUGCCCAAUUAAAAGAACAAAUAGCUGCUUUACAAAACCAAUUGAAAGAUCUGUUACAAGAGAAAGAGAUAGAGCAAAAAAUUGUCAAAAGAACGGACGUUCCAACAAUUAUAAAAUAUUUGGACAUAGCCUGUAGUCUUCUACAGUCUCCGCAAAUAAGAGAAAUGAAUGGCACAAUUUUGAGCCUUCAAAAUAACGUUAUUUUGGAGUCAUUGAUACACGAGAAUGAGACUGUAAGGGCCAAAGCUUUGAGGUGUUACGCGUUAUGUUGCAUUAUUGAUAAGAACAGUGCGAAAAAUGGUAUUCACAUAUUCUCUACGCCAAUAUUUGCCUAUGAAAGAGGUGAAGAAUGUGACACACAAACUCUUGAAGUUUGUAUAGCUGCAGUUAUUGACCUAAUCAGGAUAUAUGGAUCACAAUUAAUGGCAGAACCUGCAGAAAAUCAAUUAUCAGAGAGUACUGAUGAGGAACAUGAACGAAUAUUUACAGGAGGGACGUCAUUGACUGAUUUAAUACAAGGACUUGUUGACUUAAUGGAUGAUGAGAACAUGGAAAUUCAAUUAUUAGCUGUUAGAGGAUUGUGCAGCUUGAUUUAUAGUGAACGAGUAGAAUCCGCGUCGUUGUUGUCCAGAUUGAUUUUAAAAUGGGGUAGCCCAGCUCCAGAUGAUGAUAUACAAGCAGCACUAUUAAGACAAUUAAUUGGGAAAACACUUAAUGAAAUUCCUUUUUUCAACAACAAUUCAGAUCAACUUGAGGGCGCCGUAAUAUUGACUGUAAAAGCACUAGUAUAUGCUCCUAAAGGCAGUCCUUUGGCUGACGUGAACGUUGAUAAAAUGAUCAAAUUUAUGCUUGCCUUAUGUGAUUCUUCAAAUCAGGGUGAAUAUGUACACUACAACUUAGCUACCAAAUUAUGUUGUGCGCUGAUUGAUAAGCCCACAAGUAGAUUAGUACCGACUUAUACAAAGAUGCUUUCUAUGCUGAAAAUCCCAAGUAAUCCAAAUAAAAUACAUGAAUUGCUUUGUUUGUGUGAUAAAGUUCGAGAUGUGUUGGAAGAUCGUGCAUCUAUUACCAAUUUAGUUAAAUACAUAGCAAUGUUAUCACAGAAAGUUAUGGCGGAGGUAAAGUCUGAAGACCCAACAGAAUCUUCUGCAGGUCUAUAAUAUUAUGUGCAAUUUGAUAGCUAAAAUAUUGGAGUAUCUACUAUAAUCCUAAAGAAAUGCAAUUUUCAUAUUUACUUUAGAGAUGUGUUCAUAUAGACUUUCGGGUGUUUUUAAAACACUAUUGUUUUAAAGUUAAAUUUAUGUUCACUAUAUAUUUUCUAUUUAAUAGACAGUAGUUAUACGCAUUUUUUAAAGAACUAUGUAGAACUGAUUGUAAUGAUCAGGAAAGUCCUAUGUAAUUUUAAAUUGACACAAAAUUGAUUUUUAAAAAUGACUUUUAUAUGAAUUUAUUUAUUACUAAAUUAUUGUAUUGAAUUGUUUUAAUUGUACAAAAACCACAAAUUCUUGAAUUGAAAAAUAAAAUUUUGCAAAAAUUUA